AUGAUGCUCUCAGCAACUAGUCGUUUUCCGUCUUUGAGGGCUCAACGAUGCGGUAAAGUGUUCAACCAGAGACGGUUUAUCAUUGGAUUUGUUAGAAACGCUCUUGGGUUAGACCCUCCUCCUUCUCCAGAUGAUCCAACUCCAGAGAACAGGUUUCAUCCAUGGGAUCAGUCCCCUGUGGGAGAUUUGAGAGAACGUGCGGCAAGGAUAAGGACUCUGGCUCGUUGUCCCGUUACUGGCAAAGAGAUUAAUUAUACUUGUCCCUUGUCAGGUAUUCCAACCCAUCACUCUCGCGAAGCCUGGGAACAAGAUAAGCAGUAUCAUCAGUCGAAGAAGUAUGAAAUUUUGAAGAAAGUUAACAUUUACGAGCACGAUUUGAGAAGUGGUAGACCAUUUCCUGAGUUUGAUUUUCCGCAGGGUCAGGAUUUUGAUCGUACAGUGAAUAUGACCAACUGGGAUUUAUUCUUUUACACACGUCAGUUUUAUUCGAUGGACACAGAGUUUCAAUUGGCAGCAGUGACUAAGAUGUUGAGUUAUCCGAUCUCGAUCGCUUCAGUACUACACCAAUUCUCACCAUACUCAUUGAACCCUAAGGGACCUGUUACAUUGGAAGGUUUGAAAUCUUUGGCUGCCCUGCGUUACACUUUGUACCCACUGGAGAAUAAGACAAUAUCUUCUACUAAGGAUCGUCCUAUGAGAAUCUUUAUUUUGGGAGCUCGUGCAGAGGCUCAGUUACCUGGGCACGUUUGGAAACAGUUGCAGUACUUGUUCCCCGAACAAAUGUUCGAACUUCACUUUGUCGGUCCCGAGUGUCUACUUAACAAGGAAAAACACCAAUAUGUUACAUCCUCUACGCCCGUGGUCAAGAGAGUCGACGAAACUAUAUCGUUCGUUUACCACACAGAUUUUUUUCAUGUUUUGCAUGAAGCUCAGGAUUUUUUCCCUUACGAUCCAUACUUGGAUGUCUUCUUCUGCUUCCACCCUGGUUUUGGCGCACCAGAGACUUCUGCAUCGUGGUUGAAUGAAACUAUGAAGGGUUUGCUUGAGACCAAGUGUGCCAUCUUUACCACAGGGUUUAAUAAGGCCGAUUUGCUUCGUGAUGUUGAUGCAGUCAAAGACAAAUACGGGAAGGAGGUUGACGUUCUGAUGGAACCUGUCAAGAACGUCUUUGGAAGUACCAAAUGGGAACUUAAUGACAUGAACCCGCAGGAAGUGUACCAAUUCAAUAUGUAUAUAGCGGGUUUCAGAGGUAAGAGGUACCAUGCCAUCGAAGUAUGA